AUGGACAAAGACUGCGAUAUGGUAUAUAAGAAUGUUUCUGACAUAUAUAAAUCGGAGGAGUUUAAGACCUACGACAACUUUGUUUCGUUAGUUGCUGAAUGUGUAUGGCAGAUAAGAGAUAAAGAUAGAAGAGGUAAGGUAUGGAAUGAACAAAUAAAACCCGCAACUUUUGAGUUAAAGAAAACCAUUGACGCCUUAGUUGUUCUAGCUGGUUUUAUUUCAAUGUACAAUGCUAAAAUGAACCCACAAUGUUCUAAAUGUAAAGCGGCAAUAAGGAAAUAUAACUAUUCUGUCAAAGAGAUAGAACGUAUGAGAAACGACUAUGCUGACUUAAAGAAAGAAGCAGAGAAACCAGCAGAAGAUAAAAUGGACAUGUUGACAUUUCUGAACAAAAACUAUCCAACUGCUGACGAUUUCCUUCUAUCUGACGUCAAGAAGAAGUAUAAAGAAACCUUCGGCAUAGUUAAAACAUUCGAUAUCCUCAGCGAAGAAAUAGAAGCCACAAAAUUGUUUAGAAUUUCAAAUAUACAUCGUACAAUUCAUGUAAAACGCUUAUAA